CAUACCAGGCUAUUGCCAGCUGGCUCACUUUCCUGGUUAGUAGAUUCAGGUGUGUGUUCAAUCAUCAAAUCAGAUUCCAGGGUGUGUGAGUAGGCAGGACAAGCAGAUCACAGUUAUUAUCAUCCCCUGAAUUGAGGGGAGACACAGGGGAGUGCACAGGAGCCUGUGCUGUCAUGUCAGAACUCCUUCAGUUUGUUCUUUUCUUACCUGGGGUUCAAGCAUGUGCAUUGUACUGGCUCUGCCCUGGCUGGAAAUGGGCUGUGUUCCAUUUCACCCCGGGCAAGGGAAACUCCUCAGUGCUUUGUUCUUGCUGUUUUACUCCAGCCAUCAGCAGUGCACGUGCAGGUUCCUAGAGCUCUGCUGUUGUCCUUCAAUCCUCGAUCAGCAUCACAAACUGAAAGACCACGAGGGCAGCUUUGGUAACCUUGAUGACUGAUGUUUGUUUUUUAGUGACUGAUACACUGGAGGAAGGUGUUCCUGGACAGUACUGGAGACAGAGCAGAACCCACAAGUCAAAUGGCUGUUUUGUACUAUUUCUGGCCCCUGCAGAUUGCCUUGGUACCCUGCCCCUCCGUCCUGCUGCAAUGAGUGGGAAGUCCUUGCUCCUAAAGGUCAUUCUCCUUGGAGAUGGUGGAGUUGGGAAGAGCUCCCUCAUGAAUCGCUACGUCACCAACAAGUUUGACUCGCAGGCGUUCCACACGAUUGGGGUGGAGUUCUUGAACCGGGACCUGGAGGUGGACGGGCGUUUUGUGACCCUGCAGAUCUGGGACACUGCGGGACAGGAGAGGUUCAAGAGCCUGCGGACGCCCUUUUACCGGGGAGCAGACUGCUGCCUGCUCACCUUCAGCGUGGAUGACCGGCAGAGCUUCGAGAACCUCUGCAACUGGCAGAAGGAGUUUAUCUAUUAUGCUGAUGUGAAGGACCCUGAGCACUUCCCAUUUGUAGUCCUGGGUAACAAGAUAGACAAACUGGAGAGACAGGUGAGCACAGAGGAGGCCCGGGCCUGGUGCAUGGAGAACGGUAACUAUCCGUACCUGGAGACUAGUGCCAAGGACGACACCAACGUAACCGUGGCCUUUGAGGAAGCUGUGCGCCAGGUGCUGGCGGUGGAGGAGCAGCUGGAGCACUGCAUGCUGGGCCACACCAUUGACCUGAACUCCAGCUCCAAAUCGGGCUCCUCCUGUUGUUGAGAGUGGCUGCUGCUUUGGGAGCGGCGCUCGAGCCAGCAGCUGGAUCAGAACACACCUGGGCAGCCCUGGGGCACUCUGAGGAGAGUGGCCACAAGGACAAGAGAUGGUUUGCUCACUGGGGAGCUGCAGCCUCGCCAUCUGAAUCCUGCCUGGAGCUUUCAGGCACAGAGCAUGU